AUGCGUGGCUUGGCAGUCUUCGCAUCGUUAGCCGCAAGGCUAGUCCUCGGGCUCGAGACCACUCGGUUCUCGGCGGCCACCCUGCUGGCUGAAUCUGACGCAGAUAUCCCGAGUGCCAGUGACUGGGCGGAGAGGGCGGAGAAGGAAGGUCGGAGCCUCUGCAUACUCGAGCCGGACGCUAACGGCGGGGACGACGCGCCGGCACUGCUGAGCGCGCUCAACGACAAGUGCCGCACCAAGAGCAUCAUUGUGCUUGAUGGACCAGUGUACAACAUCAAGUCGCCGAUGGUCACCACCAGCCUAGACGAUGUUGUAAUUGAUCAGCGUGGCAGACUACUCUGGAGCAAUGACACCACGUACUGGCUCACGGUCUCGAUGCCUGUGGGCUUCCAGAACCAGAGCACGGUAUGGCACUUUGGAGGUGAUGGCGUGGUUUGGGAAGGCCACGGAGUCGGAACGCUCGACGGCAAUGGCCAGGUCUGGUAUGACCUCAAUGCCGGCGGAUCCAACAUGCCUCAUCGGCCGAUGAACAUCAACUUUCGAGACUUCUCGAAUUCGACUGUCAAAGGUCUCCGAUCCGUGCAGAGCCAAAUGUGGACGAUUGUUGGUAUCCCUAUUACAGGGUAG